AUGGCUGGCGACCUUAACGCCAGAAACACAAACUGGGGAGAUCACCACACAAAUGAAAGAGGAAUGCUAUUAAGCAAUUGGAUUGAAGAGCUCGGUAUCGAAAACAAAACAACUUUAUACAAUCCGGAUAAACCAACUUUCCCUAGUGCCGGAUCAUAUUUGGACCACUGUUUAGCGGACUCCCGCAUCAAAUUAACGGGAUUAAAUAGCAACAAACUCACUACCUUGGCAUAUGACAGCGACCACAAUGCUAUUACGUUCAAUCUUGAGACUGCAGAAAUAUUCAACGGAAUCACAGAGCCUCCAAGACAUAAUAUCAAAUUUAACUUCAAAAAGACAAACUGGCGUAAAUUAACGCAACAUCUCGAUGAUAAUUACACAGAAAAAUUACCACAUGACAGAAACUUAACAGUAGACGAAAUCAAUUCAAGUAUCCUCAAAAUAGAAGAAAAAAUUCAUGAAGCAAUUAACAAGAUAGUUCCCAGAGCCAAAAUAGAUACUAAAAAAGGAUGUCAAAAAUACACAAACAAUAAAAUAAAAAAAUUACACCACAAUAAAACAAUCCUAAUCGCUGAGCUAUUUAAGAAUAACAAUAACAGAGCACAAAUUAAAGAAAUAAUAAAAACCAUCAAUUUACAGCUUGCAGCAGAGUUCAGAAAAGCAGAAACUGCAUAUUGGGAAGCCAUGGCCAAGAACAUAAAUUAUAAAGACUCAACAAAAUUUUUCCCACGUAUAAAUAGGUAUUUCCGAUAUAAAGAGCCCCCACGCAUUGACACAAUUUCAAUAAAAAAGGACAACAACAUAUUAUUAACAGAUGAAGUACUUAAUAACACGCAACUUGAAGAAAAAGACGUCAAAUAUAUCAUCACACAGCCGAUAGUAAAAUUGAACAUGGUGGGUAAAUACUUCGAAACCAUCAACUCUCCCAGAUACACCAACCAAGGUACGAUAACAAAGUUUCUGGCAGAUACAGCAGCAGAAGACGUUAAAACAAAUCUCCAAAACAAUAGGAUCAAUAAUAUCACCUACACCACAUUCAGUAGCACCAACCCGGCCCACUAUCCGGUCCAAGAACCAGAUAAACCAAAACUUCUAUGCACAUAUAUACAAGUCGCACUUUUUCUGAAGAAAGCAAAAAACAAGACAUCUAGUGGUCUUGACAACAUUCCUAUGAUUGUUCUUAAACACCUACCCGACAAUAUGAUUAAAGACUACACAAUUAUUUUUAAUAAUUGUUUUAACCACUCGUAUUAUCCAACAAGAUGGAAGAGAGCCAAAGUCAUUCCGAUAAAAAAGAAAGAUAAAGAUUCAUCAGAUCCAGCCAGUUACAGACCAAUCAGUCUUACCAUCAACAUAAGUAAGAUUUUUGAAAAGUUCAUUAAAAUCCAGCUCAUGGAACAUGCAAACGCAGAGAAAAUUAUUCCAGAUAAUCAGUUUGGUUUCCGAGCGAAACACUCUACUGUCCACGCAAUUAAUAAAUUUGCAUCAGACAUCAAUAAACAUCUCUUUUCAGGCAGACUGGUUGGCACUGUAUUACUGGAUCUGGAAAAAGCGUUUGACUCGGUGUGGUUAAAUGGUCUGAUAUACAUAUUAAUCCUACUCAAAUUCCCAUACACUUUAGUAUUAUUAAUCUGCGACAUGAUACAUGGUAAGUCCUUCAUCACCUGGGACGGUACUAACAUAUCAUCAUCUAUUUUUUAUAUUCUGGAAGGGCUCCAACAAGGCACAGUUACAUCUCCAGCGUUAUUCAUUAUUUAUAGCAGCAAAAUAUUAAACUUAUUUGACCUAAACUCGAACAAUAAUACACACUCUGGGGCUUAUGCUGAUGACGAAACAGUUUACGUUGCAGAUAGUAAAAUACCGAUAAUACAGUCAAAACUCACCAAGCUAGUUAAUCAGACAUAUCACUACUAUAAAGAAUGGAAUCUCAAAAUUAAUCCACUGAAAUGCGAGACCAUCCUUUUCAGAAAAACAGUGAACGAAAUUUCACCAAUAACGGUCCCACUCAUCAAAACAUUCAAGAUCACAAUUACGGAUAGGGAUACAGGUGAAGAAUACGAAAUACCUAAUAAAGAAAAAGUCAAAUACCUCGGAGUGCAUUUUGACUACUUACUAAGAAUGAACAAACAUCAUAUAAAGCAGUUGGAAAAAACAAGGAAAGCAUUCAGAGCUAAUCACAAAAUAUUCUACAACAAAAGCAUUGAACCGAAAGCUAAACUAAUCUGCUAUCAGUUAAUCGUGCGUCCAAUCCUGGCGUAUGCGGCUCCAAUUUGGUGGAACGUAGGACCGUCAGUGAUGGAACUAUAUCGAAAAUUUGAAAGAUCAUGUAUAAAAGCAUGCCUGAGUAAAUAUCGCUCAGCCGAAACUGACUAUACCAUACGCCUAGACAAAAAAUAA